UGCUUCGUCAAAACCCUUUCGCCGUCUAAAUAGCAGUGUCGAUUACCAGCAUCUUGUUCUUCUUUGAGAUAAUAAAUAAAUUCCCCCUCUUUUCCAAUUUGUUAUGGAGAUAGUAAAACAACAGUACAGCAAGAAGCAAAACGCGGUCCCAAUCGAUCGACUCAGCGAUUUGCCGGACUCAAUCCUCUCUCACAUUCUCUCUUUUCUCCCGGCAACAAGUAAAUCCGUCGCCACCAGCAUUCUAUCCCGAAGAUGGCGGUAUCUCUGGUCUUACGUCCCCAAUUUAUUUUUUUACUACGAGAAUUCAGAUACCAUAAAUAGGGUUUUACUUCUCCGCAAAUUGCACAGCAUCAAUACUUUCUCUCUCUUCGAUUGCACCAAGCGCAACUAUCAUCAAAUCCAUACAUGGAUUACCUUUGCCGUUGAGCGCAAUGUGCAAAACAUCGAAAUUUACCUAACUGUUCAUCUCGAUUCGCCUCGAUGCCUCUUCACCUGCAAAACCCUAAUUGAUUUGACGCUCCACCGCUGCGGUGUCGUCCCCGAUAGGGGCAGUAUCGUCUUUUUGCCUCACCUCAAAAGGCUUCGUUUAAUACAUGUUAAAUAUGAGGGUGAUGACUCCCUUUCGCACCUUAUCUCCGGAUGCCCGGUGCUUGAGGACUUGGUACUGCGAUUGUGCAUCGAUUAUUGUUCCUGUAAAAUAUCUUCACCCACAAUUAAAUCGCUCGAUGUCAGUUGUCAUUUCGAUAAAGAAUCCGAAAAUCAAAACUACAACAAGGUGGAGAUAAACACCCCCGCCCUUGUUUAUCUCGAGUUGCUUGAUUACGCAAAUCAGCAUAUCAAAUGUGGGGCGCUAACCUCCUUAAUUGAAGCUGAUAUCGAAAUCGAUUGUAGUAGUAUCAACCCAGAUGACAGUUUUCUUUAUUCUCGAUCGCUAGUGGGAUUUUUUGAUGGGCUCUGUAAUGUUAGGUUCCUAAAAUUAGAUUUAUCACAAUGUACAAAGAUUAUUGACUCGGUAUUCACUGCAUGGACUGCAACAACUUUUCGCAACUUAACCAAACUUGAAUUAAUUUCGGAUUGUUGUUUUCUCUCGAAGUUCCUUGAUAAUGCUGAUAAUCUUGAAAUCCUUAUUCUCCAGAAGGUUUAUGAAGAAGUGAAAGGUUGGGUGGAACCCCAACGAGUGCCGGCAUGCCUAUUAUCACGUCUUAGAACUAUAAAGCUUGUUGGCAUCGAAGCUAUAAAGCAAGAUUUUGAAAUGAUAAGAUAUCUUUUGAGGAAUGGUCAAUUCUUGGAGAGGAUGGAAAUAGUGUAUCCAAAUUGCUAUAGUCCUGUGGAAAAGAUGUUUACGAUGUAUAAGCUCAAGCCAAUCUUAUUGUUUGAACGAGGAUCCACGGCAUGUGUAGUUACUUUUGCUUCUACGUAGUAAGGUGGCUGCAUAUUAAUCAUAAGUUGUAAAGUCUUUAUGUCUAAUUUUGACAAAAAAAUGCUGCUUAUGAAUUUAUGAAAUAUUGUUUUCUAAUUUCCGGAGGAAAAGAAAAAUAUGGAAAGAAGUGUUUUAGUGAUUGCAAUGAUGACUGUGAAAUGGAGACUUGGAUUCCCACUGCUGUUGAAAGCGACAUCCAAAAUCUUGAUCUUUUGUCGUGUAGAACCCUUGUUGAUAAAAAAGGCUCACGGUCCAUUUUCAGUUCAAU